CCUUGGACGAUACCAGUUCUAUAGUCGAAGAGUUCCGCGUGACGUCACAGGCGGGUCUAGUAUAUAAACCAUCGGCAACGCCAGAAAUGGUAUCAGUAGCUAUCUAGUAGUCUGCAAAAGAAGUGCAAGAUGAGAUUUCUGAUUGUAGCCGCCGCCGUCUUCGCCUGCGCCGCAGCAGCACCCUCGGGCGCUCUGCUGGCCGCACCCUACGCCUCCGGCAUCCUCGCACCCUGGGCGUCACCCCUGUCCGUCGCCGCACCCUUGGCCUACGCCUCACCUCUAGCCGUCGCCGCACCCGUGGCGAUCGCCAAGACCGUUGCCGUCCCUGCUGUGGCCUCCACCAUACCCGCGGGUGACAUCCAGGGCGCCGUGAUCGACGCCAACACCGCGGCUGUGGAUGCCGUGCGCUCGGUCAACGACCAGGCUGCUGAGCUGCAGGGCAGAGCCAUCAACGCUGCUGAGGACAACGCAUGGCAAGCACUCAACGCUGUCCAGACCGCCCAGGCUCAGGUUGACGGCGCCGCCGCCAGCGUAGCCCCCAACGUGGCCCGCUCUCUGGUCGCCCCAUCCGUCAUCGCCCCAGCCGUCGCCGCCCCAGCUCUGCUUGCCCCAGCCGUCGCCGCCCCAGCUCUGCUUGCCCCGGCCGCCCGCCUCGCCGUCGCCGCCCCGGCCGUCAUCGCCGGCUCCCAGUCCAUCUCCACCCAGUCCCUCUCCCAGACCCACCCGUCCCCACUCAUCGCCGCCCCAGUGGCGUACGCCAAAGUGUGGUAAUCCUAGCCAAUACACCUUAGAUCCAAUAAUAAUUUAUGCAGGCGAAAACGAUGACAAUUAAAUAAUUGAUUUAAUUGUU